AUGUUGGUUAGUGACCAAGGCACGGAGUUUCUAAGCAGGAUCUUAGCGGAAACAUGGAAGUUGCUGAAAAUAAAAAAAUGCAACACCUCGCCAUACCAUCCUCAGGCUAAUGGAGCCCUGAAGAGGAGUCAUCGGACCCUAGGGGAACCCCUAAUCGAAUACCUACCACAUUUUGUGGAAACAGAUCAAAUGAACUGGAUUACGUUCAUACCAUAUGCUAUUUUCGUGUUCAAUUCCUAA